AUGUCCACCCCUCCGAUCUUUUGUCUCCGCCUCACCUCCCUCCCAUCCACCCCCAAAAAUUUCUUCACCUCCUCUCUUCCCCGCCACCCCUCCAAAACCAAAACCAACUCCAUCCGAAAUCCCCAACGUUUCUUCUCCUCCAGGCCUCCUCUCCUUUCACCCCCCAAACAAGCCGUCCCCAUAUCCGCAACCUCCUUCUCUUCCUCGCGUUCUCGUCUACAGAACCGUUUACGAACACUACAACUCCGCUUGCCUAAAUUUCUCCAUCCAUACACAGCUCCACUACUCGAUGCGCCGAAGACGUAUAUUAUUUCGUUUUUGAUUCUGCAUGAGAUUACUGCUAUUGUACCUAUUCUGCUUCUGGCGAGCGGUUUUCAUUAUUCAGGAUGGUUGCCUUCGGAUUUGAUACCGGAGGAGAAAGUGGAGAAGGCGAAAGGGAUGUUUGAGAGGUGGUUUGGCAGGAGAGGAUGGUUUGGGUAUACUGCGGGGUCUAGGGUGGAUGAGGUUGAUGAGAGGGAUGGGGGAAAGAACUUAGAACUGGGUGAAGGAUUGAUUAGGGGAAUGGGAGGAGAUAGUAACACGAGUGGGAAGAGGAUAGUGCUAGAAGUUGCGACGGCGUAUGUGAUCACGAAGGUGUUAUUACCUGUGAGAAUAUUGGUUUCUGUUUGGGGCGCGCCUUGGUUUGCAGGUGUCAUGGGGAUAAUUGGGAGACUAGGAAGGGGAGGUAAUCAUGGGAUGGGAUAUGUAUGGUUAGAGGGAGAUGUGUAUUUGCGUUCGGGUACAUUCGAUGAUAAAGCUGGUCGGGAAUUCAAGAUACGACUUCAACGUGGAACGGGAAAGAUGGCACAAACAUUCACGAAACCCAAUCUUCAAUGUAAAUAUACAUAG